AUCAAAACAAGCCAUCUUCUGCGCUUUGCCCUCGUCGUAGUCUUCUCUAGGCAGACCGUAUAUCAAAAGAUAGUCGUUCUUGACACCCUCAUCACGACUUCAACCAGUUCAUCGUCUGAAGGCCCACACUGAUACCAGCACACUCUCAUGCCGAAGCAAGAACGUGUCCCUCGCGCCUUACACUCUGAGCUCACCGAACACGCAGCCCUCCUUCGCGCACUCAAGACGCGCCACCUUCUCGGCUCCUAUACCCACGAGCUUGAGAGCGAAGGCAAGAAGCGCCGGUCACGUCCACGUACCCAAGAUGUAUGGACUACGUGGCCGCUGCCCGACUUCCCCGCGCCAGAGUUUACGCUCCGCGAUGAGGUCAGUGUCAUCGCUGAACGUACAGUAAGGGAGGUCAGGAGGAGGGGAUUCCUUGGAGACGAUGGUCGCGUCAAGGUGAAGGGAGAAGUAGAUGAGGACGAGCAGGAUCAGCUGGAGCAGGACCUUGGUAUGGACGAGAACGAGGCGGACAGGAACGAGCUUGACGAUGCCGAAGCCUUUGAACUCGGAACGGGCGAGGUCGAACGCCUCGAUGGCGCUAGCGCAGACAAAACCUACCACGAGGACGAGGACGAUGAAGGAGCUCAGGAGGCAGAAACUAGAGAUGUUCAUCAAGGUGCCAAGGCGACGGGUGCAGACGAUUCCUCUGAGAACUCGGACAACGAUGACAUAGAACCCGUUUCUACUCCUGCCCUCAACGGGCUUUCCACUGAAAGCGCACACACCAUCCUCCGCCUGCUUGCGGAGCUCGCGACUCACCGCGCGCGAGCGGCGGGGAGGAGCUUCAACCGGAUGUGGCCAUUCGACUGGGAAGAUGUGCUUCACGUCGCUGCUGCGCGGGGAAUCGUUGAGCCUCACGUCAUCGAAGCUGUGUACUCCCGGUUACAAGCCAUAUACGGCCCGCCUCAUACUGGCCAGGAGGUGUCAUAUCUCACUGACCUCCGCCCAGUACACAAAGCGCGUGCUACCGCCUCUGCGAAAGCGGCAUCCCGCCAGGUCUUUACGCCUGCCUUCGAGAACUCUUUCCUUGAUGUCCCUGAUAUAAGCACAGUACGACGAGAACGUCAAGAACCAAUUCCGUACUAUCCGUCAGCCGAGUUUAUCUUGGACUCAGACCUAUCCGACGAGUGAGGCCCAGAAAGAAGAUACGAACAUUGUCCACUCGCUGAGUGGACAUCCGAUACCGGUGCAUAGCCCAACAAGCAUUCUCUCAUCCGACGUGUUUCCCUGAGAACAUCUAGAGAGCAGUGAACGCUCCUUUCGCCUGGGACGCCAUCUCGUGGACGAGGGUCCCUGCAAUGUCCAUGACAUAUAACGCCCCCGUAGGUCCUU